GGUCCGAUGACAGCUGCAAUAAUUAUUAUGUAAAUAAACUGGAUUAUAUAAAAACAACAUAUAUUUUGCUGCAGCUAACAUUUCAAAAUGCAAUUUCUUUAAAAAUGGCAACGAAAUUAUUAACUUUACUCGUUUCCACUUUUCUGUUACUGACUUUGAUCAGCAGCAACAUCAACGUGAUUGCAGCAAAGACAGAAGCUGGUGCCGUAAAAGUAGGACAGGAAAAAGGAAAUCUAACAGAAGCCGUUACAGAAUCAAAUACAAAAGCAAGUGAUGUAGAUGACAUAGAAUCGGGAGAAGAUAUAGUUAAAGAAGAAAAGGCAAAUAAAAACCAAACAGAAACCGUUACAGCGUCGAGUGCAAGUAAAAAUGUUACAGUGGUAGAAACCGAAAGUAAAAAUCAAACAAAAACCGUUAAUGGGACGACUACGCAGGCAAGUGAUGCAGAUGACAAAGAACCGGGGGAAGAUGUAGAUAAAGAAGCAAUUGGCAAAGUGAGUAUCCAAGAACCUUCUCUGCCGGAAGAAGCGGAAGUCAGUCUCCAAGAACUUUCUCAGCCGGAAGAUGCGCCAGAGGAAGAAGAGAAGAUUGAAGCUGAGCCAACUGCUGAUAAUAACGAAGAUUUACAAGCCCCUCCCGAAACUGAGGCACAAGAAGAAAAUAAACAGGAUUUUGAAGAAAAUAGGAUCCAGGAAAAUCGUAAACCGACUACUAGGAAGCCGACAGCAUCACAGAAGCCCACGCAGCCAGCAAAACCUCCAGGUCGCUAUAAUGUAAGAGUGAAAGUCAUAAGAAAUAACAAACCGGUUCCAGUAAAAUACAUAAAGGGUAAAAAGAAGCAGGGGCGGAAACCGAGGCAGAAGCAGAAGCAGAAGCAGAAGCAAAAGCAGAAACCGAGGCAGAAGCAGAAGCAGACGCAGAAGCAGAAGGGACAUGGUAAACGAAGACCGAAGUCCGGAAAGAAGCGCAGGAAAUCAAAAUCGUAA